AAGGAGGAGUAUAUCGAUUAAAAUCGAUCGUUUCGGUGCAUUAAUCGUGUUGACCUUCUUGAAUUGUGUACGCCCCUUUUCCCCUACUCUGAUGACUUGCAUCGUCGACCUCCCACCACUUUUGCUACUCUUUUUGCAUCGUUAUCGGUCAUUUGUCUCUCUUUCUCUCUCUCUCUCUCUCUUUCUUUCUUUCUUUGACAGCGCGCGAUUAAUCGGCGUGCUUUGACAUCGCAUUCGUAGUUGACAGAUUCGCGGCGUGUUCGACUAAGAACUUGUGUGUCCCGUUAAAUCGUUUCUCUUUGCUGUUAAAAGUCACGUAGACAUCCCGUCCGAAUGAAAGUCACGAUUUCCUAACAGAUAGUUUCAAAGAUCAACCGAUAAUCGUUAAUCUUUGUCGUCGUCGUCAUUUUUCUCCAAUGUGAAAGGAAGGAAGAGAAAAGAAAAGAACUUGUAAAGGGACACGUCAGUUUGUUCCUCAACUUAUAUAGUAUAAUAGGAUUGAUGUUGAAUUUUUCAAUGCGAACGAUGUUUUCCACAAUCUUUCUCUUUCUAAUUGUUCUAACGAAUUUUUCUAAUACCAGGGUGCAUGGUAAUUAUUUUGGAACCAAUGCACAAACGGACGAUCAGUGUUUCUGCAAGUUAAAGGGAUCAAUCGAUGAUUGUAGCUGUAAUGUAGAUACAGUGGAUUAUUUUAACAAUGUAAAGAUAUAUCCUAGAUUGCAAAGUCUUCUAUUGAAGGAUUACUUUAGAUUUUACAAAGUUAAUCUGAAGCAACAGUGUCCUUUUUGGGCGGAUGACAGUAAAUGCGCUAUACGUUAUUGUCAUAUACAACCUUGUCAUGAUGAUGAUAUUCCGGAAGGAUUGAAAGGAGAAGUUCCUAGAAAUUUACAUUUCAAUGAAAGCCCUGCUGACAAAUAUAAAUUAUCCACACAAUUAGCAAAUUGUAAUCAAAAUGCAAGAGAUCAUAACAUGGAAUUGGGUUAUCUCAAUACUACUAUCAGCUCUGAAAAUUAUAAAGAAUUUGAGCGUUGGCAACAAUACGACGAUGCUCAAGAUAAUUUCUGCGUGAAAGAAUCCAGUCCUGGUGAAUAUGUCGAUCUUUUACUUAAUCCGGAACGAUAUACAGGAUAUAAAGGACCAAGCGCUCAUAGAAUAUGGCGAAGUAUUUAUAUGGAAAAUUGUUUUAGACCUAAAAAUUCUCCUCAUAAUUUUAUACAAUCGUCUAAAAUAAAUGGAAUGUGUUUAGAAAAGAGAGUAUUCUAUCGUGUUAUAUCAGGAUUACAUGCAAGUAUUAACAUUCACUUAUGUUCAAAAUAUUUAUUAUCUUCGGGAGAUGGCUUGACUGCUGUAUCAGGUGCAAAAUGGGGCCCUAAUCUAGGAGAAUUGCAAAGACGAUUUUCCCCUGAAACAACUGGUGAUGAAGGACCUAAUUGGUUAAAAAAUUUAUAUUUCAUAUAUUUACUUGAACUAAGGGCUUUAGCAAAGGCUGCACCUUAUUUAGAAAGAGAAGAAUAUUAUACUGGCAAUGAAGUUGACGAUAAAGAUACACGUCUAGCUAUUAACGACGUUCUACAAACUGUUAAAUCGUUUCCUGAACAUUUUAAUGAAACAGUCAUGUUUUCUGGAGGUGCUCAUGCACAGAUAUUAAAAGAAGAAUUUAGACAACACUUUAGAAAUAUUUCUCGCAUAAUGGAUUGUGUCGGAUGCGAUAAAUGUAAACUCUGGGGUAAAUUGCAAAUACAAGGUUUAGGAACUGCAUUAAAAAUUCUUUUCUCUGGCAAAUUUGAUAAAUGGGAAUCAACGCUACAUAAUUUUAGUAGAAAACAAUUUUUUUUGGAAAGAAGUGAAAUUGUAGCUCUUAUUAACGGAUUUGGAAGAUUAUCAGAAAGUAUAUUUGAACUGGAUAAAUUUCGACAAAUGAUGAGAUAGCAUAGCAACAAGUAGGUAAUGACUUUUCAAAUACUAUGACAAGACACAUCACAUUAAUUUAAUUAGCUUUCCAUAGGAAUAACUAUAUAUUGUAGGAUUUAUGAAUUGUUAUAAUUACGUUUCUCAUGCUCAUAUCUUUAUUAACAUUUAAUAUGAAAUCGCAAUGAAAAUUAUUUAAAUUUUGAUAUAUAAAUAAUUUCACGUUAAUCUUAUAUUGGUAACAAGAAAACGAAUGGUUAAAAAUACAAUUAUUUAAUUGCUCGAUAUUUCUAUACAAUUUUAUAAAAAGCAAACACGUAUAAAUAUUUAUGCGAUUAUCAUUGCAAUAUUUAUUCAUAAAAUUAAUUUCACUGCGAUUUCAUUUUAAACCUUAACUCCGUCUGUGAUAAAUAUCUAUUCUGACAUAUAUUUCUGUAAUAAUUUCCUUUACAAUUCAUCCCAAUGAAUGAAUUAUUCAGAAGAACCUUUCCAUACUUAUAAAAACAAGUUCUAAGAUGACAAUUACGUUAGCAAGUUUUUUAUAACAUACUAUUUUCAAAUAGCUAAUUAAGUUAGAUAAAAAAAAUGACCAAGAUUUGUAACAGACAUUUUCAUUAUUGAAGUGGAGAACUAAUAUAAGACACGCAAGCACCUUCAUUGGCUUUGGAAAUAUGUACAAAAUACUUUUUUUUGAAAAAUAAAAUACAUUUAUAUUUAUUAAAAAUUAAUAAAUAAUAUUCUAAUUCUGUAAAUCUGUACAAACGUACAGAUUUCUUGGAAGUAUUAUGUAUCUACAUUUUAUACCUUUUCUUGAUCAUUUUUAUAUCUAAAUAAUGAAUAUUUACGAUAUAUAUAUAUAUAUUAAGAACAUUAGCGUAUUAUAUCAUCUUCCUUUUGAAACUGCUUCUAUGUCCUUCAGUAAAGUCAAUUAUAAAAGUACCUUUCAAUGAUUAUUGUUUCUAACUUAUACAACGACUUAAUGCGAUUAUGAUCGUGAUCCUAGUACAUUAUUGUAUCGGAUAAUUAUUAUAGAAAAUGUAAAUUAGCCGAG